AUGUCUGAUUUUGGCCAUGUUGUUGACAUUCUUGCUUUGGAGCUUUGGAGAGAGGUUUACCUGUAAGUGUGCAUCAAGAACUGACAUAAGAGAAGCGCUAAUCAAGUUCUAGACGUGAGUAUUGUGAGUACUCAAUUCCCCAGAGUGGAAUUAUUUCCUUUUGAGUGGAUUUUUGAGAGGAAAGAUCCAGACUCUUUCUUGCUAGUCUUGCGAAACUUUCUUCCCUCUACUCUUAAAACAUUCUCACAGAAUAAUACUGACUAUAUGUUGUGCAGAUUGCCACAUUCACGUCAGUUAGCACGUUUGCGUCCAUCAUCCAGCAGAUACAUUACGCAGUCCACUGGCGAAAUAUAAAGCAACUCCAGUACGAGCGAGCUCUUGAAAAUUUAAGACACCCAGCUCGAGCCUUUGGUGGUGCCGCAGGAGGUUUAGAUGAUGCGCUAUUCUAUAUCCGUACGAAUCAAAUUUCUCCUUGAAUCUUGAAUUCUCGCUAAUUCUAACCAGAAUUUUAUACUUACAAUGUGAUGUCACUCAACAUCCUCUUUUGGUAUUAGAUACCCCUUCAUGUUGCUACAGUGCUUAAUUGACUCCGGAGAUAGGGCCACGUUAUUAUUUGUCGGCUCGUGGAACAUUAAGGCGACUUGGUUAGGAAAUUGGCGCUAUAAGUUGGCACCAGCCUCCAAAAUCUUUUCAGUUAUUUACCCCACUUUUACGGUUGGCUUGAUGCAAUCCGAUAUCAUCGCGGAUAAUAUUCCAGGGUUUUUCGUUGUUGCUAAUUCUACCAGUAAGUUUCAGUCCCCUGAAAUAUGCGGCUCAGGAAGAUGGCUGAUUCCAGAAGUGAUUUUGGGCUCGCUGAUUGGAGCUAUCUUGAUGUUUUUGACGUUGUUCAAAUACAUCAAAACCAGACGCUUGGUGUUACAGUCUGGCGGAAGAGGAGGAUGGUGGGCUUCUGGCGGAUCCAAAGAGAGGCGUGCUCCAGCAUUAAAUACAGAAGAGAGUCAAAUUGGAGUUACCACAUCUGACGGCACUCGAGAUGCUCUAUACGACAGAAGUUUAAUCAUUCGCUUUUGUAUCGGCUUCACGAUAAUGACGUAAGUCACAUUGGAUAUUCACUUUUCACCCAGCCACUUUCUUUUGCUAAUAUAUUGCAGGUUUUUUGUGGUAGCUGUUGUCUUUUUCAAUUUCUUUCAUUUGGCAAUGAAAGCAAGUUUAGCAUUGUCCGGUGGACCAAAUCUUGAACCUUCUAGCGCCAUUACUGACCUCGCAUUUUUCGCACCAGGGGUGACAGCAAGUCUUGUCACAUUCCUGGUAUUCGGAACGACAAAAUCAUGGCGUCAAUACCGUGACUUGGUAUUCAGCGGGUGUGGAAUUAUGACCGCUAUCAAACAUAAAAGGUCUCGACAAGCAGCAGAAAAUAGUCAAAAGGAACAAAGCUUGGAGUUUGCACGCCUACCAAGCCUACCAAGCCUAACACGAAAGCUGAGCGACGAAGAACGAGCUCGAGGCAAAGAAAUAGAAAGUCGGGUAAGAAUGUUCUCCAUUGACUCAGGAAGUGUAAGUCCAAUAGAACACCCGAGCUAUUCAACACCCGUGCAUCGUCCUGGUCCUUCAUAUUCAUCGAUUGGCACCCAGACAUUCUCAUCGGUCGGUACACAAACAUUCUCAUCGGUUGGUACGCAAAGAAGGGAUUCACACGCCACUGCUCAGCCAAUACAAUUUCAUAGAGUGUUUCCCUCUUACGAUUCAGGUUCAGGAAUCGAGAUUGAAGCUGGAAGAGGCGAUCUAGUCAUUCAAUAUGAUCCGAGAGAAACAAUAGGAAGAGAUUAUAGUAGUCGAGUGCAAGUUCUCCCUGGAGGCAGGCUAACCGAGGAGAGGCCCACUCAAGACUUUUACGGAAGGGCUUUAUGA